AUGUUGCUCUCCCUCAUUCUCGGGGUGUUGGUCGUAACGCUCUCGCUUGCAUCUCCCACUCAACACUCUAAAAAUCCUAGGCCACUUGCAAUAUGGCAUGGCAUGGGUGACUCUCACUCUUCGCCAGGGAUGCUGGAAUUCUCCAACAUGAUCCGGCAAGUUCAUCCGGGUAUUUUCAUUCAUUCGGUAUACAUCGAGAAGGAGUUAGAUAAGGACAAACAAGCAACCUACUAUGGUAAUGUUAACGACCAAAUUGAACUUGUUUCAAAGCAACUCGCGGAUAUACCUGAGCUUGCUGGGGGAUUUGAUGCUAUUGGGUUCUCUCAAGGUGGCCAAUUCCUUCGGGCAUACGUUGAGAGGAACAAUAGCCCACCCAUUCGGAAUCUUAUCACAUUUGGCUCACAGCACAUGGGUGUCUCUGAUAUAGCGAAAUGCGGGCGGUUUGACGUUAUGUGUCAGGUUGCCAGAAGGGCGGUUAAGGCUGGAGUGUAUAGUGAGUGGGCCCAGCAAAAUCUUGUUCAGGCUCAGUACUACCGUGAUCCGGCCAACCUGCCACACUAUUUCUCAGCGAACAAAUUCCUGACAUCUAUCAAUAACGAAAUUCAAGGGAGCCAUAAUGAAACAUAUGCAACCAACCUUGCGUCGCUGGAAAAUCUUGUUCUCAUCCUGUUCACAGAAGACACAACGGUCAUACCCAAGGAAAGCGCUUGGUUCGGGAGUGAAGUCAUUGAAGACGAAUCACACGUCUAUAGGGAAGAAGAGGAGAUCGAUUACGAUGAGGAAAACUUGAGAGGACAAGAACGAAUCGGAAAAGUACAAGUACCGAGGAGGAACGAAAAAUUACUUGAUCGAACUAUACUUCCCAUGAAGAUGCAGCCGUUGUACAAGGAAGAUUGGAUUGGGCUCAAAGAACUUGAUGAGAGGAACGGCGUGGUGUUUGACGUUUGUGAAGGGACCCAUAUGGAUAUCGGGGAAUGCUGGGAGCGCCUGGUCAGAAAAUGGGUUGGUGAAGUUGUUUAG